AUGUCAACAACGCAGCGUGCUGCACUUGCAGCUGCAAAAGCAAAGCAAACAAAACAAAUGCGAACAUGUUGCAAUUGUUGGCAUAUCAAAUGUGGUAUUAUUGUUUUGGGAUUAAUAGAACUUAUUGCUGUUACGCUAAUUUUGAGCGGUAUUUUUACACAAAUAAUCAACAAAAGUGGUACAUUUAAUUGUGAUCACAAAUUCGUUUUUAGGGGAGAAAUUGCAGCAGAACAUUCUCGAUAUAAAUGA